CCCCCAAAAAAGCAAAUGUUUACUGAAAAUCUACCUUACCACAAAAUCUUCACCGACUAUCAUCUCUACUAGCUAAGUUUUAGUGGUUUUUGCAGAUUUCUAGAGGAUUUGCAUAUAAUGGGGCAUUGACUAAGUGAAAAAAUAUUAAAUUCAAUUAAAGUUUAACUUAUGAAAUACUCCUAACUAAAAUACUAGUAUAGUGCAGCUACAGUCCAGUAACAGUUCUACCAUUAUGGAAUUAGGUUUCAUCUGAACCUAACAUGUUAGAGCUUUAACAGGUUGGUAUUUCAUCUUUCUACUUUUAGCAGUCCUUUUUACCUUCCACUUUUUGAACAUUAAUUAAUCUUGAUUACCAAAAAAUGAAAAAAGAUUGGAUUUUGAAUUCUCCCGUCUAUUUUUUGGUUUCUUUGUGUUCUUGAUGACCCAAAAAUGAAAAAGAUUGGAUUUUGAAUACGCCAGUUUAAUUUUUUGUUUUAGUUUUCUUGAUGACCCAAAUGAGAAAGAUUGGAUGACAUAGUUUUGCUUAUAUGUGGCUUUUCUUUUGGAAUUUCAGCUGCUUUUGUUGUGUUUUCUCUUUGAUGUUUGCAGGUAGAUAGGAUUAUUUGCUUCCUCUGCAGUGUGAGAGCAGAAUUUGCAGUAAAAGAAACAAACUUUAAUGGUUUGAAUAGCUAAAUUUGGGGCUGAAAAUUGCCACUUUACCAAUUUUUAUUAUCAGGGAAUACUUCAAUUAAUUAUUUUGUUGGAUUUAUGGAAGUAAGUGAAGUCUGUUGAAUGUGUAAAUUCACUACCUUGGAAGUAUUUGAGAGUUCUUGAAAAAGAUUAUUCUGGUCUGGUGGAUAAUUUAUAUUUCACCAUGUGUUUGAUUCCUGAUAAAAGCAUGUUACCUUCAAGAUUUCUGUUCUGUCUAAUACCCAUUUCUGUUAUCCUUCUGAUAAUUUCUUCAGUGUCCCUUCUUCAGUUUGCUGAUAACUCUUUCAUACCCAAAUCAGUUUUUAGUUUAAUUCUUGUUAAUAAUACUUCAGUUUACUUGACCUCAACUAAUGGGGAAUCUAAAACUCCGAUCUCGCCUUUUGAAUCUUCACAUGAACAAAUACUGAAAACUCAAAAGUCAGCUUGGCAAAUUUCCAACGGUGGAUUAGGAAUUGGGAAAUCUUCUUGCCCAGAACAAGCUCUUCUUAAAGUGUAUAUGUAUGACUUGCCCCCUGAAUUUCACUUCGGGCUGUUAGGUUGGAAAGGAAGUAAGGAUGAAACAUGGCCUAGUGUUAGUAACCCGAGCCAAAUACCUUCGUACCCCGGUGGCUUAAACUUACAGCAUAGCAUUGAAUAUUGGCUUACUCUUGAUCUUCUAUCCUCGAACUCCUCAAGUAUUAAUAGACCGUGCACUGCCGUCAGAGUGCUGAGUUCAAGUGAAGCAGAUGUAAUUUUUGUGCCCUUCUUUUCGUCGUUGAGUUACAAUAGGCACUCUAAGGUUAAAGGGAAGGAAAAAUUCAGUCUCAAUAGAGUGCUGCAAGAUAAACUGGUAGAAUUCUUAAAAGGUAGAGAUGAGUGGAAACAAAGGGGCGGAAAGGAUCAUUUGGUCGUGGCUCACCACCCCAACAGUAUGUUGGAUGCAAGAGAGAAGCUUGGUUCCGCCAUGUUUGUACUUGCAGAUUUUGGAAGGUAUGGAGCCGAAAUAGCAAACAUUGAAAAGGAUGUGAUUGCUCCUUACAAACAUAUGGUGCAGACAAUAGAUGCUGGGAACUCGCCUUCAUUCAGACAACGAGAUAUAUUAGUUUACUUUCAAGGGGCAAUUUAUAGAAAAGAUGGUGGAGAGAUUCGUCAAGAAUUAUACUACCUUCUCAAAGAUGAAAAAGAUGUGCACUUCACAUUUGGAAGUAUCCAAGCGAAUGGUGUCAGGGAUGCUGGAAAAGGAAUGUCCUCAUCCAAAUUCUGCCUGAAUAUUGCUGGAGACACUCCCUCUUCAAAUCGUCUCUUUGAUGCCAUUGCUAGGCACUGUGUUCCGGUGAUAAUUAGCGAUGAGAUUGAGCUUCCAUUCGAAGAUGUUCUUGAUUACUCAGAGUUUUGUGUGUUUGUCCAUUCAUCUGAUGCUGUAAAGAAGGGGUACCUUCUGAACUUUCUUAGAGGAAUGAAGGAAGAUCAGUGGACCAAAAUGUGGGAAAGGAUAAAGGUGAUCAGCAAACAUUUCGAGUAUCAAUAUCCAUCCCAAACUAAUGAUGCAGUGGAUAUGAUUUGGCAGGCGGUUUCAAGAAAGGUGUCAUCGAUACACCUGAAGGAUCACCGUAACAACAGAUACCACAGGUUGCAGCUUUUCCUCAAAGACCAGAGUGUGUGAUUAUUUAUGUGAAUUGAAACAUUCAUCCUGUAGUCCUAGGAGAUCAGAUGCCAGGUUGAGCUGGUUUCUCUAUUUUGCUACUUGAAAAUGUUUCUGUUGUAGCCAAUUUUCGAAACAAUUUGUAAAUUCUUUAUAUUAAUGAUUGCGAGUUUUGUACCA